AUCCCUGCAAAUACAAGGCAACCGCAGCUCAACAUGGAGGAACAGCCAAAUCUAUUAGUGCUUGAAAAUUUUAUUGGUGGUAAAUUUGUUCCCAGCAAAUCACACAUCAAUUCUUAUGAUCCAUCUACAGGACAAAUAUACUGCAAAGUGCCAGACAGUGGUAAAGAGGAGGUUGAUGCAGCCGUUGCGGCUGCCAAAGCUGCAUUCCCAAGCUGGUCUGCCAAAAGCCCUCAGGAAAGAUCUGCAAUAAUGUGCAAGUUAGCAGACCUGAUUGAGAGCCACAUGGAGGAGUUUGCCCUAGCAGAAUCUAAAGACCAAGGUAAAACGGUUACAUUUGCUCGCACUGUAGAUAUUCCUCGAUCAGUCUACAACUUCAGAUUCUUUGCUUCAUCUAUAAAGCAUCACACCACAGAGUGCACCCACAUGGAUAACAUAGACUGUAUGCAUUACACUGUGCGGAGCCCAAUUGGAGUAGCUGGCUUAAUCAGUCCUUGGAAUCUGCCACUUUACUUAUUAACAUGGAAGAUAGCACCUGCCAUAGCAUGUGGUAAUACUAUAGUAGCAAAGCCCAGUGAGAUGACUUCAGUUACUGCAUGGAUGAUGUGCAAGUUGCUAAGUGAAGCAGGAGUUCCAUCUGGAGUGGUAAAUAUAGUAUUUGGUACAGGCCCAAAAGCGGGCGAGGCUCUUGUGUGUCACCCUGAGGUGCCUAUUAUCUCCUUUACUGGAAGUACAGUGACUGCACAGCGCAUCAUUGAGAAGAGUGCCCCAUUUUACAAAAAACUAUCGCUGGAACUUGGUGGAAAAAACCCGGCAAUAAUAUUUGAAGAUGCUAACUUAGAGGAGUGUGUUAACACUACAGUCAGAUCAAGUUUUUCUAACCAAGGUGAGAUUUGUCUUUGUACAAGCAGAAUUUAUGUUCAGAAAACUAUCUAUAAGGAAUUUCUGAAAAUGUUUGUGGCCGCUAGCAAAGAAUGGAAGGUCGGCGCCCCCUCUGAUCCAACUGCUUGCAUGGGAGCUCUUAUUAGUGAAAACCAUUUGGCAAAGGUAAGAAGCUACGUGAGGAAGGCUUUAGAGGAAGGUGCUACAAUCCUUUGUGGAGAAGGUGUGGAUAUUUUGGAAGUUCCCCCAGAAAACACACAUGGUUAUUUUAUGUUGGCAACUGUAGUUACAAUGGUAAAGGAGGAGUCCUGUUGUAUCCAAGAAGAAAUAUUUGGUCCAUUGACUUGUGUGGUUCCCUUUGAUACAGAAGAGGAAGCCAUUGAGAAAGCUAAUGGAGUCAAGUAUGGCCUAGCAGCUACUGUGUGGACAAAAGACGUUGGUCGUGUGCACCGGGUAGCUAAGAAAUUGCAGACAGGAUUAGUGUGGACCAACUGCUGGCUCAUUAGAGAUCUAAAUCUCCCAUUUGGUGGUAUGAAAGCUUCAGGUUUAGGAAGGGAAGGUGCAAAAGAUUCAUAUGAUUUCUUUACUGAGGUCAAAACCGUUACAAUAAAACACUAAAUACUGACGAUUUCGAAAAAUAGAAUAAUUCUGUCAAUAAAUAUCACUAAUUACACGUUAUAUUUGUUCUCUGAAUAUACUAAACAAUUAACAAAUGCUUUAAUGUAGUGUGUGUGUUUGUAAGGAUUGUGUGUAAUUGUUUAGAUUUGAUUUGGUCUAUAGAAAAGGGAUGUGUAAUAAGAAUUUUGUAGGUCUAUGUGGUUGGAAAUGUUUUAUUCCCUAGUUUUUAUACCUCUUAAGUCUGAAUCCUUACGCAGGAAAUAAUCCAUAUCACAGCCUCUUGAAAACAUAGAUGGACAUUAGAAUACUUAUAGAAAAGAGGAUGAUCUUUUUAAAAAAUAAAAUGUAAUACAAACUACCAAAUAAUAAAUGUAUUUUUACCUGAACCUCUGCCAAAAAUAAAUCCAUAUACCCUUAAAACAUCUAAUUUAAAAUGGAAUAUAAAUGGUUAAUGAAAAGAUACAAUUUCUUAAACCACUGUGCAUCACGUUUAAAAAUAAUUAAAAGGAGGGCCUUAAACUGUGUCUCUUUCAUAGUCACAAAUCAAAACACACUCAAGACCCUCAGUUGAAAUAGUAGCAACUCCUCUUUCAAAUGUUUAACAAAUGUGUUUGCUGAAUACCAAUAUGAAAAACACAUUAUCUACUGCUAGAAAAAUUCUCUUCAGUAUUCCUAUACAGGACUUACCUUCCUAUACUGCACCCUGGGUUAGGGAAUUUGGAAGAGAUAUAGGGGAGGAGGACUGGAAAAAGAUAAUUUAUCAUACAAGAUAAUUGUCCACGUCCACUAAGCUUCUGGAAAUGAACCAUAAAAUACUUACCAGAUGGUACUUCACUUCAGUACACCUUACACACCUUUGUCCUGGUACAACUGGGAAGUGUUGGAGAGGCUCUAAAGGAAUAGGCACCCUAUCACAUAUAUAGUAUGAUUGCCCAGUGUUACGCCCUUUCUGGUUUUAGAUGGAAUCCUUUAUAUGCCUAUUCAUGGGACCAAUCUUUAACUUGGACCCAAUAUUAUUAAAUACCCCCCCCCCCCCCCGCAGUACCACUACAACUUUUGCAAUUUCUGUCUAAUUUGGUAAAGGUACUAAUUGCCAGCAUGUGGAAAUAAAAAAUAGCCCCAACCAUACCAUGUUGCAGAGACGUAAGUUCUCGAAGACUACAGCUACUUCAGACUUAAUAAGUUAAAGAAUUUUUUAGACAUCAAAUAUCAUUGGCGAGGGCGAGACACUCCUUUGAAAGAGCUCAGAUGAAGGCGAGUAGAGUAUGACUCAGGGGACCAGCUUACCACUAUUUAUGCACUUAAUGAAGUGACCGUUGUACCUCUCUUUUUUAUCCAAAAUGUAUGUGAUCAAUAACAAAAAACAAUGACAUAAAGACUUGGAAAUAUCCUUUUUUUUUAUUACGCAUACAACAUGUUACAAAGUUUAACUGUGAUAUAUCAUAUUAGGUUGCUGUUUGGAUGAAUGUUAAUCGACCUGCCACCUAUGCUCAUGCACACCAAAUAUACCUCUCUAAACUGAUGAUAGAAUGAAAGAACAAAACAUUUUAUAAGGAGGGCUUAGCUUCCCCAACAUGAAUAUUUAAAUGGGCAGUCAACAUCAGAAUUUUUAUUGUUUAAAUUUUUAUUGUUUAAAAAGAUAGAUAAUCCCUUUAUUACCCAUCCCCCAGUUUUGCAUAACCAACACAGUUAUAAUAAUACACUUUUUCCCUCUGUAAUUACCUUGUAUCUAAGCCUCUGCAAACUGUCCCCUUAUUUCAGUUCUUUUGACAGACUUGCAUUUUAGCCAAUCAGUGCUGACUUCUAGGUAACUUCACAUGCGUUAGCUCAAUGUUAUCUAUAUGACACACAUGAACUAAUACUCUCUGGUGGUGAAAAACUGUCAAAAUGCAUUCAGAUUAGAGGCGGCCUUCAAGGACUAAAAAAUUAGCAUAUGAUCCUACCUACGUUUAGCUUUCAACUAAGAAUACCAAAUGAACAAAGCAAAAUUGGUGCUAAAGGUAAAUUGGAAAGUUGUUUAAAAUUACAUGCCCUGUUUGAAUCAUGAACGUUUAUUUUGGACUUGACUGUCACUUUAAGGACAAUUAGAAACUUCAGUUUCAAGGGAAGAUACAACAUGAUUUGUUGACCCAAGUUGUUUCUUGUUUGUUUGGAAUCUGAAUUUAUAUUUCUCUGUAUAUGCAGUGUACCCAUAUUCUCAAACUAUAAUGUAUGAUUACGUUAUAUAUUUGAG